GCGCAUCCUUUUUUCAUCCUUGGGCGCUUCCGGCACCCCUGUCGGGCAUUGUGGCCAUGGCCUUCGGAGGAGUCUGGAACACCCAGCAGGCCUUUCUGGCUCAGCUGAGGGAUGGGAGCCUGGAGGCCUGGGGACACCCAGAUUAUGGUGCCCCGAUCCCGGCCGACAUCAUAGCCUCCGGGCAGAAACACGGCCUGAAACGGGCUUGGUCUACGUGGUGGGGUGCUUUUUUAGUGGAGCUGCAGAACGGGGAGUUUCACGCCUGGGGAAAAAAGGAAAAAGGUGCCGACAUCGGCACCGUGAAGGCAAGACUGGAACUCGAGGGCGUCGUGCAGAUUUGGAGCACCGCAGGCGCUUUCCUGGCAGAGUUGACGAGCGGCAAAGUGCUCACAUGGGGCGAUGCAGAUUGUGGCGGCGAGGUCACCACCUCGGUGCAGGAAGCCCUAGAAGCAGAAGGGAUCCAGCGCACCUGGUCCGCAGGCGGUGCCUUCAUCGUGGAGCUGAAGAGCGGCCGAGUGGUCGCCUGGGGCCAUUCCGGCUACGGAUCCCAAAUCCCCUCCGACGCCCAAGCAGCGUUGCAGACCAGAGGGCUCCACGACAUUUGGACGACGCGCGCUGGGGCCGUCUUGGCGCAACUGAACUCUGGAGAAGUGAUCUCGUGGGGGUGGGGAGACACCGGCGGCCUCGGCGGCGUAAAAGAUCGCCUGGAAGCCGCGGGAGUUCGACGCAUGUGGAGCACUGCUGGAGCCUUUUUGGCGCAGCUGAAGACCGGCGAAAUCCUGUGCUGGACCAACAAAGGCUAUGGCGGUGCGCUCCCCGCGGCGACGAAAGAAGCCCUGGACGCCCACGGAAUCGCCCGCGCAUGGAGCACCACCAGCGCAUUCCUGGCGGAGCUGACGAACGGCUCCGUGGUGGCCUGGGGAGUCGGCUCCGGUGGAUCCGGCGCUGCCAAGAUCCCAGACGACUUGCACAGCUCCUUGGAACGUGAGGGGGUCCACGAGGCCUUCGGCACGGCCGGAGCCUUCCUGGUCGUUUUGAAGAGCGGCCGCUGCGUCGCCUGGGGCGAUGCCGAUCGGGGUGCAGACCUGAGUUCCGUCAAGGACAAGUUGGAGACGGUGGGCCUGGCGCUUUCAGCACCUGCAGCUCCAGCUGCGGAGGCCCCGCGCGCAGGUAAGGACAAGGAUCCUUCCAAAGAUUCGAAGUGAAUCUUCCAUCCCAAAAUGCACUCCACAAGUUGGCCACCGGCCGGAGUGUUUUCACGCAUGGGCACGUUUCGUCCACGAACGGAAGACGAAACAUCUGAAGAACAGAA